AUGUUUGACACCUACUCGAAGACAUGCAUGAAGGAAGGCUACAAGUGCAGUGGUCCUUGUCAAAGGUGUUCAUAUGAUUGUAUCAAUAAUCCUAUUUUGGGCCAAGCAGCAGAUUUCUAUAGCUGUAGCACCUAUCGGCAAUGUAGUGGGGGCUCGGGAACCGUCAUUUCCUGUCCGCCAGAUAACCCUUACUUCGAUGGCAACAUCUGUCAGAAUGAUUACACUAAAUGUUGUUCCUGCAGACCUGAAUGUUCUCAGGAGGACGUACAGCUUCAUAGAAUGGUUCCCGACUUCUCAAACUGCACGAAUUUUUACCUCUGUGUAGCACCAGGGAUCCCAGACGAAACGAGUCACGGCCACUGCCCCAACGGUAAUUUUGACCAAUUCGGAAAGAACUGCAACAGCAACGCUCCCUGCAUUAUAAGCUGCUCCAAUGAGCCCCCCGACAACGGCUGUGUGACAAAGUGGAUCUGUGAGGAGGAGGGUUACUUCCCCAAGUGCACUGCGUCAUGUGAUCCCACCUACUUCUGGUGCACUGCAAGUGACAUAGGUCAGGAGGCUAAACCCCAAGAAUGCACCCAUCACUUCGUGCUGGAUCCCAUCUCGAUGAUAUGCGUCCCGCCCGAGAACUGCCCUGUUUAG